CAACAUUCCGGGGAGAAUUUGGCCUCGAGUCGAGGCCGGGGGUAAAAUGAAACGGAUUUUCAAUGGUCAAUUGCAAAAAUUGAUAUUUAAGGGGGCAAAUUGCCACAACCCCAAUAAUCCAGGGGCCAUUAUGUAAUUAUCCCUCUGCACUUUCUUCUCAAUGUGCCCUUUUGUAUUUACAGUUUCUCUUGGAAUGAAACUCUUCUCGCAGAAAAUUUGCUGAAAAUGGUGCAGCAGCAAGCUUCCAUGGAUUGUUACAGCACCAACUUCGCUCAAUUUCGCCAGAACUCACGUCCUCCGCCAUACCUACAAGUCACAAACCGAAGCGAUUCGCUUCUCUCAUUAUCAUCGUCAUCAUCGCCAAACCCACCUCUUCACCUCCCCAAACUCUUCGACCCUAGCUCCAGUUUCACCUUCUCUGCCCUCCCCCAACCUCAGGUGCCCCAUCUCUUCUACGCCGACGCCGGAGCUGUCGCAACACUUCCCGGCGCGGCCCCAUUUAGCUCCUUGAGCUCUUAUCCGGCCCAUCAUGUCGACGGGACACCCAGCUAUGCGGCGUAUCGGGCCUCGAGUGCGCCGAGUUUGGCCGCCACGUCGGGGAAUCAGCAAUACGGGGUGGAUCCAGCUACAUAUGGAGGAGUUCACUCUCCUACAAUACUUGCAGUACCUACAGAUAGGACAGGGCAAUUGGCUGCUAUAAAUCUCAACCCUGCCUUCCGGAGUAAUCCCAAAGUUAAGCCUCCCAAAAUUGGUGCAUGGAAGAAGCAUCCAAAGAAAACAAAGGUUGUACAAUCUGCUUACUGUGGAACUUGCAAUGUCCACUGUAACAGCAAAGACAUGCUUGAUCAGCACAAAUUGGGAAAGAAGCACAUGAAGAAUCUUGAGAAGCUAAAAGAAGCGGCUAACUCGGUUCCCACCGGAUCAAACGGGUCAAGCAAUGCACUAAUCGGUCCGCCUGAGAACCCCGAUCAGCACAGUGGGGUUGCCGAGCAAAACAGUAGAAAGAAGGCAGCGUCUGAGCCCGUGGAGGACCUGGAGACGAAGAGGAGGAGGGUCGUCCAAGGUGGGGCGGCCGUGGAUGCUGUUAGGACGUGCACCAUAUGCAACGUGGUGUGCAACAGCGACACGGUAUUUAUGUACCAUCUAACCGGACAGAAGCACACCACCAUGCUGAAGAAACACACAGCUGGAUCAUGAGCGCGUCUCCCUUUCUGUUUUGUGAUUCCGAGUCACUGAUCCCGUGGUUUAUGUACAGAAAGAUGGUGGGGGAGGUUAGUUUUUGGCCUCCUCGGCACACUCAGUAGUCAAAAUACAUAUUGAGCCCCUUGCCUCUGAGAUAAC